AUGGCCCCCUGCCUUGGUCCCCCAGGCCUGCAACCGCCAGGGCUGGGGGAAGGCGAGGGGGAAGAUCGGGGGGAAGAUCCGGGGGAGGGUGACGGGGGGAAUGGGGAGGCAGGGGAAGUGGGGGAGGGGCGGCUGGGGGAGGGCAGCAGCAAUGGCGACGGGGGGAGCGAGGGGUUGGGCAGGGGAGGGGGCGUGUGGGUGUGUGAAAACCCCCAGUACGUAGAUCUCGUGGGGGUGGGCGGGGGAAGCAGCGGGGGAAGGUGGGGAAGCGGAGGAGUGCAGUGGGCAGAGUGGGCGGGGCGGGUGCAUGAGCUGGGAGGCGUGUUUGUGAGCGGUGAGGGGCGGGUGUUCAAUGCGACCCACGUGUUCCAUGCCAACGGCUGCCACGGGCUCACCCAGUUCUUCUACCCUUUCGGCACCAGGGUAACCAUCCACGAUACCCUCGUCAAUCUCCUCGUCCCAAGAGGCCACGUGGCAGCUGCUGACGUGGCAAGCAGCAGAGGCAGGAGCGGAGCGACGGUGUUACAGCUGGCACCGCUCUUGCUGCAAGUGGCACCGUUUUUGAAAGAGAACCCGGAGUUGCCUCUGCUGCUGGAGCAGGCACGGCUUCCCCGCCUGCUCGCCCCGGCAUCUCUCAACGCCACCGUCGUCGCGCCUCCUGCUGCUGACGAGCUCUACUUUGUCAGGCGCCUCAUUCAGGUGAUUCUUCAGGUGACUCAGGUGAUUUACGUCACUCAGGUGAUCCUUCAGGUGUUUUUUCACAAUAUUCAGGUGAACCAGUAA